AGCAGCAGCAGCCCAGCGCUUGGCACGGGGAGGGAGAGGGUUUUCAUAGGCGUUCCCCCUGCUGCCACUCUUUUCCUGCUGUGAUUGGGGGAGUGGGAGGAGGGAGGGGAGAGGGAUGCUGGCGCACACCUUGCCUUCUCACAGACACAUCUUCACCACACUGUGCUGCCCACACUGACCCAGCAUCAUAAGACUACACAACCCCAGGACUGCAGCUAGGAUGAUGCAGUGGUCAUGGGCCCAGUGUGUAGAGACCAGCCUGGUGCUACUGGGGGUCCUCACACUGACAAUGUCUUUUGGCAACCUGUCUACUAAAAUACAGGAGGAGGGAGUGGCUUCCAACAGUCUGGAGGAUGAGCUGGAAGUAACCACAUAUUGGUGGGGGGAGUGGGCCAAGUGGACAGCUUGUACACGCACCUGUGGUGGAGGAGUCAUGUCCCAGGAGAGACAUUGUCUGAAGCAAAGACAGAAAUCAGCUCUUAGAAAGGACAACAUGACCUGCACUGGAACUGCAAAGAAAUACCUCCUCUGUAACACAAAGGAUUGCCCAUCUGCUGGGCGAAGCUUUAGAGAGGAACAGUGUUGGUCAUUCAACUCACAGGUUUACAAUGGCAGGAACUACCACUGGAAACCCCUUUACCCAGAUGACUAUGUCCAUAUCUCCAGUAACCCAUGUGACCUGCACUGCACCACACAAGAUGGCCAGAGGCAGCUGAUGGUACCUGCUCGGGAUGGUACAUCCUGCAAGCAUAGUAACUACAGAGGGGUCUGCGUUGAUGGCAGAUGUGAGCCAAUCGGGUGUGAUGGGGUGCUUUUCUCAACCCACACUCUGGAUAAGUGUGGAGUUUGUCAAGGUGAUGGAAGCAGCUGCAACAGAGUCACUGGAAACUUCCGGCGGGGUGCAUCCAGCCCAGGAUACUCCUUCAUUACACAAAUCCCAGAGGGCUCCUGGGAUAUUCAGAUAAUCGAGAGGAAGAAGUCUGCUGACAUAUUGGCUGUGACAGACCAGGCUGGGAACUUCUUCUUCAAUGGGGCCUACAAGGUGGACAGUCCACAGAACUUUCCUGCUGCUGGAACCAUAUUUAAGUAUCGACGGCCCAUGGAUGUGUAUGAGACUGGAAUUGAGUACAUUGUGGCAAAGGGUCCCAUAAAUCAACCUAUCAAUGUUCUGGUGUGGAACCAGAAUGGCCGGACUCCCUACAUCACCUAUGAGUACACUGUACUGCGGGCUCCCCAGUCUCUGCAGUAUCCUGGCGUAGACAGAGGGACUAGUCAAGUUGGAAUGGAAAUGGGAAGCCUUUUGCUCCAAAAUCGAAGCGCUUAUGACAAAGUUAUCCCAGAGUCACAGCAAACCCAGAACCUGGAACAGGAGUUGAACAUGGGAGAGACAGAAAGGCAGAAAGGCAAGGAAACAAAUGAAGUGUAUGAGGAGAGAGCAGGCACUGACUGCCAGCGGGAAGGCCCACCCCAAUCUCAAUAUACAGAGGGGAACAGCAGCCGCUCAGGCAAUGUGGGUGUCCAUGUGUUCCCUGCAGCCCACGUGCCCUCUGAGGAGAUGCCAGGCUCUGAAAACCUCAUUUGGAGUGUGCUAUUUCAGGAGCGCAGUGUCUCAGAGGAGCUACUUAUUAACAUCUCCACCAACCAACUUUUCAGGCAGAGGGAGGGGGUGUAUUCCACUGAAACAGGGCCAUUGGAACUGGACUAUGCCAGCCUGCAGCAAAGAACCCCAUUUCCCCUCAAUGGCUCAUUGCAGGAGCUCGCUAUGGGUCGGCAUCGCAAUGACACUGGUGACCUCUUUUUCUCUAACAAGACAGUGUUACAUAGCCUGAGAAGCAGCAACCGGACCAAUCGGACCAGGAAUCAUCAGAAGUUUUUGCAGAAGCACUUCAGACUGAGUGCUGCCGACAUGUAUCGCUGGAAGCUGUCAUCUCAGGAACCCUGCAGCAUGACAUGCUCUAUAGGUGUGGCCAAGUCUUUUGCCAUGUGUGUGCGCUAUGAUGGAGCAGAAGUGGACGACAUGUAUUGUGAUGCCCUGACUCGCCCUGAACCUGUUCAUGAUUUCUGUAUUGGCCGAGAAUGUCAACCCAGGUGGGAAGCUAGCAGCUGGAGUGAGUGCUCCCGGACCUGUGGAGAAGGCUUCCAGUUUCGUUUGGUGCGCUGCUGGAAGAUGCUGUCCCCAGGCUUGGACAGUUCUGUGUACAGUGAUCUCUGCACCCUGGCAGAGCUAGAACGCCCUCCUGAGCGCCGUGCCUGCACAAGCCCCACCUGUGGACCCCAAUGGGAGGUAGCUGAAUGGUCAGAGUGUCCAGCAAAGUGUGGGCAGAGAAGUCAGGUCACUAGGGAUGUCAGAUGCUCGGAUGAGAAGAGUUCCUGUGACGUCUCCACACGCCCACCAUCAUCUAAAAACUGUACUGGUCCACCGUGUGAGCGACAAUGGACUGUAUCCGAGUGGGGCCCAUGCUCUGGGUCAUGUGGACAGGGGAAGAUGGUGCGUCAUGUGUACUGCAAGACCCCAGAUGGACGUGUGGUACCUGAGUCCCAGUGCACCCUGGACAACAAGCCGCUGGCCAUCCACCCAUGUGGAGAAAAAGACUGUCCCCCACAUUGGCUGGCACAGGACUGGGAGAGGUGCAACACUACAUGCGGACGAGGUGUGAAGAGAAGGAUUGUGCUAUGUGCUGGGAUCACAAGCGGGAAAUUUCAGAUCCAUGAGGAGGAUGAGUGUGAUGCCAGUAAGCGACCAGCAGAGGAGAGUACCUGUUUUGAGAGACCAUGCUUCAAGUGGUAUACCACCCCCUGGUCAGAGUGCACAAAGACAUGUGGCAUGGGAGUGCGCAUGAGAGAUGUGAAAUGCUACCAAGGACGGGAGAUUGUGCGAGGAUGCGACCCCUUGACCAAGCCUAUUGCCAAGCAGACUUGUGCCUUACAGCCCUGCCCAACUGAGCCCCCAGAUGAGAACUGCCAGGACCGACCCACCACCAACUGCUCUCUGGCGCUGAAGGUGAACUUGUGCAGCCACUGGUACUACAGCAAGGCCUGCUGCCACUCCUGCAGGGCUACACGUUCUUUCUAGCCCCUCCCAACUCCUAUAUCCACCAAGGCUAUGAGACAAGGAGCCUUCUGACAUUUACCUCCUCAAAUGAGGCAGAUGGGAUGGUUAAAAAAAAAAACUUUUCCUGUCUUGAGAUCCAGAGAGAUCUAGUGGAAUCAUCCCAGACACAGAGGUCAUACUCCA